GCCCAGGAGUCUCAGCUAUAGAGACCGUGGUGGUCUGUCUUCCUUUGCUUUUCUGUUUUGGAGGUAGUCAGAGCAGAAAGUCAUGUCUGAGACAGCCCCCGCUGCCCCGGCCGCUCCGGCUCCCGCUCCGGCUGAGAAGACCCCGGUGAAGAAGAAGGCCAAGAGAGCUGCGGGGUCCGGCGGAGCCCGGCGUAAGGCCGCCGGUCCCCCAGUGUCCGAGCUGAUCACUAAAGCGGUGGAAGCCUCCAAAGAGCGCAGCGGCGUGUCCCUGGCCGCCCUGAAAAAGGCGCUGGCGGCCGCCGGCUACGACGUGGAGAAGAACAAUAGUCGCAUCAAGCUGGGGCUCAAGAGCUUGGUGAGCAAAGGCACUUUGGUGCAGACCAAAGGCACCGGUGCUUCCGGUUCCUUCAAGCUCAACAAGAAGGCUUCUGCCGGUGACGGGAAAGCCAAGGGCAAGAAGACUGCUGCGGCUAAGACCAAGAAGCCUGCUAGCGCUGCGGCCAAGAAAACUAAAAAGGCGGCUGGGGCGGCAGGUACCAAGAAGAGUGUGAAGAAGACCCCCAAAAAGCUAAAGAAACCGGCUGCGGUAGGAGCCAAGAAGGCGACCAAGAGCCCCAAGAAGACCAAGGCCGCGAAGCCGAAGAAAGUGGCCAAGAGCCCUGCUAAGGCCAAGGUCGUGAAGCCCAAGGGGGCUAAGCCGAAGGCAACUAAGCCUAAGAAGGCAGCGCCAAAGAAAAAAUGAGUCAAGGGUGCUCCGGGAAACUUCCGCUUUUAGAAGCCUCAAAGGCUCUUUUCAGAGCCACCCCACAGUCUCGGAGAAAGGGCUAAUUGGCACGUUCGCAAACACUCGCCAUUACUACCACCCUUCAGCCUGCCGGUCUGCUGUUUGGGGGACCGUACUGAAACAAGGGUGCGCCUUGGCGUGGCAGGGGUGUCGAGUAGAUCCGGCAGGUGAGGGGUUUACACGGUACAUACUGCCCUAGUAGUGUCCUCGCGUGCCGCCUUGGCAGGGCUUUU